UGACUUCGCUAAUUAGUGGCUUACAGAAAGAGGACACUAAGCACAACCUUUCCUUUCAAAGAUCAUUAUUUUCAUCCUGGCGCCCCCUACUACGCCUCACCUUUACCUCACUCCUCUCGUACCGACCUCACACCUCCUCUUCGACCGACCUCAUUUCCUCUUCUUCAAGUCGAUUGUACUAAGCGCUAUAUCAUCUUUCCGAGCGAUUGCUUGUCUAUUCCAUCGGAGACAUCGCAGAGGAAGAUGCAGGAGUCUGUUAUACAAUGGCCACUUGGUUUAGACAUCAAGGAUCUGGUUGGCGCAGGCGUUACGGCGAUUGUCGCGCGUCUUGAUGCCGUCGUCAAGUUCUUCGGGCCGUCGGAAUUGCACUUCUUCGAACGGGAGAAGCUCAUCUAUCAACGUCUUGGUCGCGACCACAACGGCAUCGUUCGAUAUUUUGGCAUCUUGGAAAAUGCUAUCAUCUUGCAGUUUGCUAGCCAGACCUCUAUUAGGCAAUACGUUGCAAGGCAGAAACAUGUUCCACUUUCUCUCAGGCUUCGUUGGGUCGAACAACUUUUCGAUGCAGUGCGGUUUAUCCAUUCAAGAAGCGUGUUGCAUGGCGAUAUAUCGUGCAACAAUGUUUUCCUUGAUGACAAUCUUGAUGUGAAGCUUGGUGAUUUCGCCGGCUCGGCUAUUGACGACCUACCACCCCCCCUCUCUCACCACACCACCCACCAACUCCCUGCCGAAGACACCCCAAACAGGAACGAAAGCUUCGCCCCCGAACAAACCAGUUACAACAAAAAGACUAGCGCGAAGCCAAAAAAAGAGCUAAAUAACCACCAGAAAUCACCAACAUACCACCAGACCCCCUAUCCUAACCGACAAGCAGGCACCCUAACAACGAACAAGAGCACGAGAUCCUGA